AAAUGAGCCACAAAACCAAAUUCAUCAUUAACACAUCAGUUGAAUACUUCUCGGCCCGUCAACUCACCGGUUUGACUUUGGACGAACAAACCGCCAGAAUAUUAGAAUUUUUGGAAAACGAUGAACUCACUGUAAUCUCAGCCGUACAUAAUCAAGAUGAGGAUACAAUUAAAUUUCACCAUGGCAUACCAAACGAUGAGGUAUCCUUGCUCUUCUACAAAAUACCGCAGGUAAACGCUCGUACAGGCAGUGGCGGAGGAGCACUUGGCAUUUUGACGCUCGAAGGAGGUUUGGUCAAAUCCAUUUACAAUUCUGUUUCACGUGUUUUUUCACCGCAUGCAAAUGUUCGGAAAACCGAAUAUAGUCCGGAGUUAAGUGGUUUACUGGAAAAUCUACAUGUUUCACUUGGCUCUACAUUGGGUUUACCUCAAAGUGGUAUUACCUCCAUUAAAGAUGAAAUCAAAUAUUGGAAACAAAAAUUAAACCAAAAAUCUAGCUCGCGAAUAGAUCGCGAAGCGGCCCAGAUGUUUAUGGGAGUGCUGGAAAAUAUUGAUCAGCAAAUAAGUUCCAUAAACUCCAAUGGAGGCAGCAGCAUUGAAGAAUUUCUCGAUAGUUCACACAAUAACUUUGAUGAACUUUGGCGUUUACCCUAUCAAUUCCCCCAGAAUCGUAUGGCUGAUAUUAUGGAUGUCAUAGGCAAUCAUCUGAUAGAGACUUGCCUGGAACAGUUACUAGGUGAGGAUAUUUGGUCUCUCAAUAGCUCCCAUGUCAAUAGUUUGAUGAGCCAAUGCAUUGAUACCGCCGAAUCAUGGAUACAAUUAUGCGAUUCCUUAACUCGCCUCUUUUGGCCCAAUUAUGUAAAACACCCCUGGGUGGGAGAGGCUCAUGUACCCAAAAGAGCCGAACAAUUUAAGGAACGUGUGUUGGAAAUACGCAACAUUAAGAAUUUGUAUAAACAAAUUUCCACCCUGCUGCAUGACAAUGAAAUGAAGGAAAUGCUGCAAAAUGAUUCACCCUUCAGAGAUUUCAAUAUAUUCGACACUUCGGCCAUGGGUCAAACCAAAUGGAAUAAGGCCUUGCAAAAUUUCGAACAAUUAUUGCAACCCAUAGAUGAGCGCAUAGCUGCUGCUCUUAAAGGUCAGCUGCAUCAUCAUUUGAGUAAUCCUAGGCAGGUGAUUUUCAUUUUCUCUAAAUAUGAGACUUUGAUUCAAAGACCCACUGUCUUGGAGCUAUUGACCAUAGAGAGGGAACAAUUCUUGCAGUCAUUACAAAUUCUAUUGCAUGAUUUGAGAAAGGCUAUGACGGAUACAAAUAUGGAACCAGAUACGGGACACCUAUCGGUUAUAUGCAAUGAGUGUCGUUGGCUUAAGGUGGUGCAACAUCAGAUCCAAGAAAUUGAAAAGGUUAGCCAUCUUAUAUCAGGACGAGAAGGCUUUGAAAAAAUCAAUAAAGCAGUUCAAGAGAUUAAAGAGGAGACCGAAUCAUUGCUAAGAACCAAUUUCGAAAUAUGGUGUGGCCAACACACCACCGCAGUAAAGUCGGGAGAUCUUCGUUUACGUGACGAUCAGCCUGUGGUUAAAUUCGAAAAGGAAGGACGUCAACUAAUGCGAGUAACCUUCAAUCCCAAGCUGGUAACCUUCUGCCAAGAUGUUAGAGAAUUUGAAAACAUGGGUUACAGUGUGCCCUCAGAGUUGCGAACGGCCGCUACACAUGCUGCAAAAUACAUGUGUUAUGCUCGAAGACUACAACAAAUUGCAACCUUUCACAAUACCAUAGGAGAUCGCAUGAUACCAUGUCAGAGACCUAUUAUGCUUAAGAAUGCCAUGGAGUUGUCCAAGUUGGUACACAGUGAAACUGUGGCCUGGAAUGAUGAAGAAUCGGUUUUAAGAUAUGUCAAUAUGCUACAAGCUGCUGUCUCCAAAUUGUCAACUGAUAACACCUUAUUGGUGGGCUAUCAUGAGCAGGCCAAAAGAACGGUGGUUAAACUCAUGAACACUGAUCUCUUUACCCAGAGUCAAAUAUGGAAGGAUGAAAUGCGUCACUUACGUGAAUUGGUAGCCCAUUUAGAGCGUCAAUGUUUUACCAAUCUCGAUGCCUUCAAAUUGCAUUGGGAUCAUCAGUUGUACAAGGUGCUGGAGUACCAGUAUAUCAUUGGUUUGGUGGAUAUGAACAAUAAGUUGCCGGAUAUACAUAUUAAAAUAGCUUUUCGGCAACGCCAACUUUGUUUCAUGCCACCCGAAGAGGAAAUUCGUGAACGUUACUAUACCCAAUUAAGACGUUUCAUAGAGAGGCCCUGUGGCUUUCGUGGACUAUCAGAGAAGGGGCCAGAGCUCUUUAAGACUAUGGUGGAAAAUAACCGACACUAUUUUGGACCCUUAUACGAAAAGGCAGAAGAUCUAUUUGAGAAAUUGGCGAAAUUCAAGAAAAUAUGGCUGCCAUGGGUGGCGCUGGGAUGUGUAGACAUUGAAGAGUUGUGUGGCAUACAUCUGCAGGUGGCCGAUGACUGGGAAAGAGAUUUUCGAAAAUGUAAAAAUUUCAGUCAGAAGAUUGCCAAAAUACAAAACAAUGAGGAAGCCAUUGACUGCAUUGUCAUCGACAUAUUACCCUUGCGUUCUGAUAUAGAACAAAUCAGUCGCCGCUAUUGGGAAGCUUUGUCCCACAGUCUGCGCCAGUCUAUACUCAACGAUAUUUCGGUGAUACAAGAUUUCCUACAAAAUGCCUUACAAUUUCUGGAAAAUGUACCCAUGGAUGAGUCAUCCAUUACCGAAUCGGGUAUGAAAUAUGAAAAAAUAAUGACCGAAUUGCCCAAGGUUACCGAAACACUGGACUUGGUGAAAUCCAAAGACACUUGUCUGGCUGGCUGGUGUAAGGAGCGUGUCACCUCAUUGGCAGGCAUUUUAACACAAUGGGAAAAAUUACAGCCCUUAUUGGAGAAUCAUGCAGUGAUAUUACAACGUCAAGUAGAUAUGAUUAAGGAUCAGGCUCAAACUCAAAUACAAAAUCUACGCAAUGAGGCUGAUAAAUUCUUACUACGCUGGGAAUCCACCAUAGCUGAAUUGCAAGCCAAUGAAGAAGCUACUUUGGAGAUGUUCAAAGAACGCCAGGAAUAUUGGCAAGAGAUUUUGAAAAAGAAGGAUCAAUUACUAGAGGAAUGUGCUAAAUUCAAUAUGAUCUUCCCUGAAGAUCUGUUGCAACCUUUCGAAGAGAUAAAUGCCACCAUGAACGAACAAUCCAAGGAGUGGAUUAUCUAUGAUGACUACUUGAACGAAUUGAAUGGCAUUUUAAGUGAAGAGUGGGCCAUCUAUCGCCGCCGACCUUAUAUACUAAACGAAUUCAUAUCGAAAUGGGAGGGUUCUGUACAUGCCUCCAUAGAUUUACCCUCGAAAAGAAUACGCAGCAGCGUUGAAAAGAUACAGACCCUAAUGCCUUUGCUACAACAAUUGCAAUCGGAUUCAUUGACCGAAAGACAUUGGGCUAGAAUUUUUCAACUGCUCAAGAGGGAUAAUGUGAAAAAUUUGCAUAAUUUUACUUUGGAAAUGUUGCUGGAAAAUCAAGCUCUACUGCAACAAAAUGCCCAGGAGAUCACUCAAAUUGUGAGACAAGCCUCAUCGGAACAGGUAGUGCGUCAGGCUUUGACUGAACUCGAUCAAUGGUCUGUUACUGCUCAAUUGAAAUUGAUACAACAAAACGAUUCAUCGGGACAAUCAAUAUCGUUGAUUAAAGAUUAUCAAGAAGUUUUAAAUAAAAUCGGAGAUAAUCAAUCUCUGUUGCAGUCUGCCAAAAAUUCAGCCGCCUUUGAGGCUUUCUCCGAUCAGGCAGAGCUAUGGGAAAGCCGGCUGAAUUCCUUGGAUGCCAUAUUAACAAGUUUGAAUCAAUCACAAAGGAGAUGGGUUUAUUUGGAACCUGUGUUUGAGGCUGGCACCUUGAAGAAUGAAGAGGCCUUGUUUAAACGCAUUGACAAAGAUUUUCGUUAUAUUAUGAGAGAAAUUCAAUCGGAUCCUCGUGUCAUCUCGCUAAUGAAGAUUAACAACAUAACAACCAUAGUUAAGUCACUGGAGACGCAACUAACCAGAUGUCAAAAUAACCUGAUGUCUUAUAUUAUGGACAAACGCAAUUCUUUUCCCCGCUUCUACUUUUUGGGUGAUGAUGAUCUGCUAGAAAUACUUGGUCAGGCCUCUAAAGAUCCUGAGGUUAUACAGAAACACAUUAAAAAACUUUUCCCUGGCUGCCAUCUCUUAGGCAUAAUUCAAGGUACUAGUGGCGAUCGUGUACAUUAUUCCAUAGAAUCUUUGAAAAGUUCCGAAGGAGAUAUUCUAAGGCUGAAAACACCCAUCGAAAUGAAAGGACCCAUUGAGAACUGGUUAAACUCCUUGGUUGGCACCAUACAACUUACCCUCAAAGAACACAUUGUCCAAUGUUGCAGUUCCUAUCCUCCCGAUGGGUUCAAUGAAAACAUUCUGCAAAACUAUGUGUCCCAAGUGUUGUCUACCACGCGUGCCAUACAAUUCACCAGGCAGGCUGAAAAGGCCAUUCAAACAAUGGCUUUGCAGAAGCUAUUGCAAACACUCAAUUCAGAAAUUGGCAAAUAUUCCGCAUGGAAGCAUCAAACGCAGGACUCACUAUUGCAGAUAAAAUUACGUUCGUUACUCUUUGACUUGGUGCAUUAUGUGACAAUUGUCGAGGAGCUGAUACAGAACAACACAAUGCACCUCAAUGAUUGGCAUUGGCUGGCUCAGCUGAAAUUCUAUUUAGGGGGAGAUGUGGGAGCCCCAAAUGCCGUGCAUAGCAAUAGAGGCAAGGAUAUGGCAGGUGAUGUGGGUGGUGUGGGUGGCAGCAACAAUCGUUCUACUGUUAUUGUGCGUAUGGUUUAUGCAGAAUUCGAGUACUCCUAUGAGUUUUUGGGUAAUCCCAAUAAGUUGGUCAGCACACGUUUAACCCACAAAUGUUAUCUCAUUUUGACUCAAGCCAUGCAUAUGGGAUUGGGUGGUAAUCCCUUUGGUCCAGCCGGUACAGGCAAAACCGAAUGUGUCAAAGCACUGGGAGCCAUGCUGGGGCGUUUGGUGCUUGUAUUCAACUGUGAUGAGAAUGUCGACACCGAAUCAAUGGGUUUGAUUUUAACCGGCCUAGCGCGUUGUGGUGCCUGGGGAUGCUUUGAUGAAUUCAAUCGCUUGCAGGAGGCCACACUCUCGGCCAUAUCGAUGCUAAUACAGCCCAUACAGUAUGCGUUAAAGGAUAAAACGGAUGUUGUUCAAAUUGCCGGAAAGAAUAUUAAACUCAAUCAUCAUUGUGGUAUAUUUGUAACACUUAAUCCGGCUGGCACUGAGUAUGGAGGACGUCAGAAAUUACCCGGCAAUAUACAGGCACUGUUUCGGCCAAUUGUCAUGCAACAGCCGGAACCGGGUGAAAUUGCACGUGUCAUGCUGUUUGUGGAGGGAUUUAAGCAGCCAACUGAAAUUGCCGAGCGAGUUGUGGAACUUUUCGAUAUGUGUGCAAAGAUAUUGACGCAACAACGCCACUAUGAUUGGGGCUUGAGAGAAUUGAAAACAAUUUUGUUAGCCUGUGGUGAGGGUUUGAGGACCAACAUAGACCACCACCACCCCCACGGCGUUAGUGAAGAAGGUGCUGAUGGAGAUUUUAAUAAAAUGGAAAUGUCCGUGGUGGUGCAAUGUUUACGCAGCUCCACCAUGUCCAAGUUGGCCCUACACGAUGUCACACGCUUCGAUAUGUUGCUGCACAACGUAUUCCCGGAGAUUGCCAAUGCCACCACCCACAAAUCACCUCUGCUGCAUACCAUUAGAGAGGCCUUUGGAUCGCUGGGUUUGUGUUUUAAUGAAAUGCAAAUGAUUAAAUGUCUCCAACUCCAUGAACAGCUACAGAAACGCAUGGGUGUUGUGGUGAUGGGCCCACCGGGCUGCGGCAAAUCCACUAUUAUUAGUGUAUUACGUCAGGCUUUGAUUGCACAAACAUCAAAGUCAUCAUCGGAGCACCAUCAACACCCGCAGCCACAACAGCAAAUACGCAUUCACACCAUCAGCCCCAAGUCGAUGAGUCGCAUACAGCUGCUGGGGCGCCUUGAUCCUGACACCCGUCAAUGGCUCGAUGGCGUUUUGACACACACCGCUGUCGUUGUGAACGCUGAACCCCAACACAUACGCUCUUGGAUUGUAUGCGAUGGCAGCAUUGAUCCGGAAUGGAUUGAGGCUCUCAAUUCCGUAUUGGAUGACAACAAAUUGCUAACUCUACCCUCCGGUUGGCGCAUACAAUUCGGUAAUAAUGUCAAUUUCAUAUUUGAAACUGAUGAUGUGCGAAAUGCUUCGCCUGCAACCAUUUCACGUAUGGGAAUAGUCAACAUGAACAAUGAAGAUUAUCCCUUAAAAUCAAUACUCGAGUAUCAACUGACAAAAUUUGAAUUUAGCGAUUUGCUACAAAGUUACAUAGAAGAAUUGUAUGAGCCUGCUAUGGAAUGGCUUGAAAAGGAAAGCGCACAGUAAAACCAAAUCAUAUUGUUUAGUUCUUUGCCCUGCUUAACACGUUCCUGGAUGUUACGUGCUUUACUACUACAACUUCGUGGAAAUGGUGACUAUGCCCUACAAAAUCGUGAGGCAUUCACCAUUUGUGCUUGUCAUGCGGCUUUGGAAUUUCUGCCAGUAGAACGCCACAAUGAGUUUGCAAAUUGGCUCUUUGAAAAGGCCAAUUUGUAUGUGACCAAUCCAAAUCAUUCUGAAUUGAUGUUCUACAAUACGGAGCGCAAUUGCGUCGAUACGUAUGAGAGUGAAAUCGCCGCCACGGGAAGCUUUGGCGAUGGCAACAAUGUUGGUGAUUUGGUACCCACGGCUGCUGUUAAGAUGUAUUUGCAGCAAUUAAAAGCGUUUUUAGAAGCACCCGCAAAUACGCCAUUCCUAAUAAUAGGGCCAGCUGGAGCUGCAAAAAGUUUGCUGGUGGAACAGGCCACAAUGGAUAUGUCGGGUUAUGAUUUGGUCACAAUUAAUUGUUCUACACAAUUGACACCGUCGUAUAUAAUACAUUGCAUAAAACAGAAUUGCAUGGCUGUAAGUGGGGUGCGUGGCCGAGAGUAUAGAGCGAAGCAGACACGUUUGGUUAUCUAUUUGAAAAAUUUGGAUCUAUGCUAUGUGGAUGCUUGGGGUUGCAGUGAAAUUGUUGAAUUAUUGUUGCAGCUAGUGCAGCGUGGUGGCGGUGGCAAUAGCAAUUUGGAAUGGAUAAAUGUAAGUGGUUUACAAAUAUGUGGUUCCAUUUCACAGGCGACGACAACAGCUGCGACGGCUAAUGCAAGUUUAGUGAAAAUUGCACCGCGUUAUUUGGCCAUAAAUCACAUGCUGCAUGUUAGCUAUCCCACCCAACAGGAUAUGCUGGCUGUAAUACAAAGACAUUUGGAGCAUUUACUUUUGGGCCAUCAUCAGCAUCUUAGUCAGGGCGCUGGAGCUCACUUCAAAGGCAUGAAUUUGCAAAGUGUGCAAUACAUUUCCGAAGGUUUAAUGGAAUUUUAUGCAAAGGUUUGCAGAGCUGUGGGCACCAAUGGUUACGCCACUUGUGCUCACUAUCAAUUUUCACCAAAAUUUAUAAUGAAAACAUUGGCAAAUCUCAAAUUCUAUCCCGAGCAUUCUUUCUGUGAGGCCUUAUAUUGUGAAUUGGUUUCCAUGUUCAAGGAUCGUUUGGUGUGCGAAGAGGAUGCUGAUAAAUUUGAAACGAUUUUAAGACAAUCGUUGAAAAAAAUUGCUGGCAAAGACAAAAUUUACUUUGUGCCCAAGACCACCAAACACAAUGUGGAGUUGCAGUCGCUACAACACGAUGAAUGGCUCGAUGAGGUGCAGAAACAAGUAACCAUUUGUAAUUCUGAAAGUUUUAUCGUUGAUGCACCCAUUACAAAAGAACUGCUAGAACAAACAGCUAAAGUAGCACGUUUAUUGGCACGAAAUUGCACACACAUCCUGUUGGUGGGCGAGGCAGGUGGACGUCAAAUGCAUGCUGCACAUGUUGCUGCCUCCAUGCAACAGGCAAAGAUACAAAUGCUACAGGGCGGUUGCAAUUACGGCCUAAUAGAUUUCUACAAUGAUUUGAAGUUGGCAAUGCAAGUGGCAGCCAUGGAGAAUCAAUGUACAUGUUUGGUCAUUGAGCAUUGUUGGUUAUCCUAUGUGCCGGAUAUAAUGAAGCCCAUUGAAGCCAUACUGGAAGGCAGUGAAAUAUUGGAUUUGUUUGGCGAUGAUUUAGAAUCGAUUGCAAGUUCAUUGAAGCAUGCAGCCCAAUUGGAAGGCCACCAAGAGUCAAUAGGUUCUUACUUUAUGAAACGAGCCCGAGAGAAUUUACAUUUGAUAAUAUGCCUGGAUCCGUCGAACAGCAAUAUCUCAGAAUAUUUUCAAAAAUACCCUGCUUUAUAUAAAAACAUGGAAAUGCUGUACAUACGAACCACGUCUCAUGAAACUUUGACUAUGCUACCCAAGAAAUAUGUGGAAACUUUAAGUGAUCUUUCGAUUUCCACUGCGAACUCCUCCAAAGAAAACGUCCCAGUCUCUUCAUAUUUUGCUGAAAUCUUAGACACCUUAUAUGGCAAUCAAGCUCCACUAAGAUUUUAUCAAUUGAUAAAAUCCUAUUAUUACAUUUAUUGUAAUUUAUCGGGAGACAUUAACAAAAGAUUGGAAAAGUUACAGCAUGGCGUUGAUAAAUUGGCCUCUGCCCAUGCUGUUGUCGACACUCUCAAAUCAAAUGCCUCUCAACAGGAGGUUGCUUUGGCUGAGAAACGUAAACUGGCCAACGAAGCAUUGGAAAUGAUUUCGUCGACCAUGAGAAAUGCCAAUGAACAAAAAUCCAAUAUGUUGGAGUUGAAGAAACAAACUCAAAUCAGCAGCGAAAAGCUCAAGGAAAGGCAAAAAGAAAUUCAGGAAGAGUUAGCAGAAGUCGAGCCUAUACUGGCAGAGGCCAGUACAGCUGUUGGUCAAAUUAAGUCAGAAGCCCUAUCGGAAAUACGUUCGUUAAGAGCUCCUCCGGAGGCAAUACGCGACAUAUUAGAAGGAGUGUUACGCCUAAUGGGCAUACGUGACACUUCAUGGAAUAGCAUGAAAACCUUUUUGGCCAAACGUGGCGUUAAAGAGGACAUACGAUCCUUGGAUCCAGCCCGCAUCAAUCCAGAACAUUGCGAGGCAGUGGAAAAACUUUUGGCCAAUAAGGCUGACUCGUUUGAUAUGAAAAAUGCCAAAAGGGCUUCGGCAGCGGCCGCACCUUUGGCGGCAUGGGUUAAGGCCAGUGUACGUUAUUCCAAGGUAAUACAGAGCAUAAAACCUCUAGAAAGGGAGCAACAGGAGCUACAACGCAACCUUGAUGUGGCCGAAGGUGAAAUGCAGUCCCUAAUGACUGGUUUGGAUGAUGUGGAUAAUCGUGUCAAGCAGUUGUCGGCCAAAUUGAAUGCCUACACCCAGGAAGCUGCGGUGCUGGAAUUAAAACUAGAAGAGGCUCGCAAUACUUUAACAGCAGCAGAGGUACUGGUGCAACAAUUGAGUUCUGAGUAUCAUACAUGGAAUGUGCAAUUGGAGGAAUACAAGGUGACCUACAAGACAUUGGAUACGAAAUCUUUAAUGAUGGCCUUGGCUUUGAAUUAUUUCUCCCACAUGUCGCUAAAACAAAGAAGCUCCUCCUUUCAACAGUUGACCAUUGAGUUACAAUUGAAGGAAUCCUUUGACUUAUACAAAACCCUUCUAACCGAUCAGGAGCAGAUCAUUUGGGAGAGUAUGGGUUUGGCCAGGGAUGCCCAAAUCAUAGAGAAUGCUGCCUUAUUGAGGCAAAUGUUGCAGCUGCCGUUCGGUUCUUAUCCAACACCAUUGCUAUUGGAUCCCACCGAAACAGCCCUCAAUUGGCUGCGAGAAUACCUAAAGUCCAAAGAUAAGCCAUUCGAGGUUAUCUCACAAAACAAUCAAAAGUUGAACUACAAUUUGGAGUUGGCCGUUAGAUUUGGUAAAAUCUUCAUUGUGGAAGAUUCUCAGGAGUUGAGGCCUCCACUCAUGCAAUUGGUUACAAAUAAGGUCUAUAUGAAAUUCAAUAAAAAGCAAAUCGAAGUGGGCACCAAACUGGUAGAUCUACACGAACACUUUCAAUUGGUUUUGGUGACAAAGACCCACAAGUUGGGCAUACAACCGGAGACUUGUGCCUAUAUCACCUGUAUGCCAUUUACAGUGACUGCAGUGGGUCUAAGCGAUCAGCUCAUGUCUAAGGCCAUAAUUAUGAAAAAUCCUGCUUUGGAACAAAAACGUGUGGAGCUAUUGAAAAAUGAGGGUGUGCUAUUGAAACAAAGAAUCGAUUUGGAGGAUAAGCUAUUGGAAGAGCUGUCCUUGGCCCAAGGUGACAUUUUGAAAAAUGAAAAACUCUUGAAAACCCUCAAUGAAGUGAAAGAGAGCAGCAGCUUCAUUGAUAAAUCCCUAAAGGAAAGUUCUCAAGUCAAGGACACCCUGUUGGCUGACUAUACCCCAUUGAGGGAUUUAUGCUCAAAAGCCUCCAAAUUCUACAUUAAUUUGUCACAUUCCUACGACUUGUCAUCUUUGAUCUUUAUUAAAUUAUUCCUUAAUGCUUUGGAAUUGCAUGAUAUAGGCGGCUCGGCAAAUUCCAAACAAAUGGAAAGAGAAUUCUAUGGACAAUUGGUUAAGGAGACUUUCCAAUAUUUGGCUAGAUCCAUAUCGAAAUAUCGUCAUUUGCCCUUGGCCUUAUAUGUCUGUAGGACAGCCUAUCCGGAGCGCAUAAAAGAUGAAGAAUGGGAACUUUUUGUUACGAAUUUCAUGUCGGCGGCUGAUGGUAGUGGUAUCAGUAGCGCUGGCAGUGGCAUGGCUCGCUCACAAUUAGCCGAGACAUUUGGCAAAGAGGCAGCCAUCAAAUUACAAAUUCUUCUAAAGCAAAAGCCGGACAUGGAAGAUAAGUUGCAAUUGCAUAACGGCGGUUUAUGGAGAAAUGUCAUCGAGGGAAGAGCUACAGAGAUUCCAGUGACUUCUGCUACCAACUUUGAAAAACUUUUACUUGUGCUCAUACUUCGUCCCGAUCUGGUUACCUAUUACAUGAAAUUGACUUCGGAAGAAAUUCUUGGCCUCUCCAUAGAGUCCAUACAACAGCCCACCAUAGAACAAUUAGUCGAAGAAAGUUCCAGUGCCAAGCCGAUUCUAAUGAUAACACAAACUGAAAAUGAUCCUGCUUCGGAGAUCUUAAGUGUUGCUCUAAGACUCAAAGGCAAAGAUAAAUAUGAGGAGCUUUCCAUAGGCAAGGGAAUGGAGAAAAAGGCAAUGGAGAUUAUUCAUCAAAUGGCCGAAUUGGGUAAAUGGGUUUGUGUUAAAAAUGUCCAUUUGGUUCCAACCUGGCUGGGAGAAUUGGAAAGGGAAUAUGGUGAAAUGAAAAAGAGCCCGGACUUUCGUUUAUGGCUUAUAUGUGAAUCUACGGAGGGCUUUAGUGAAGCCGUCAUGUUUAAAUUUGUUAAAGUACUCUACGAAUUUCCCAUUGGCAUAAGGCAAAAAUGCAAGAGAAUGCUGCAAAACUAUGCUGUGGUGGAACAGGAUCGCGCCAUUCUAAAGGAGCCAAAGUUAAUGAAAAUAAGAGUGGUGCUGUUUUUGGCUUUGGCGGUACUGCAAGAACGUCGACGUUUCAUCCCCCAAGGUUGGUCCAAGAAAUAUGAAUUUGGCGAGGCGGAUCUUAAAGCUGCUCUACAACUGUUAAAGUGGCUGGAUACGCUAACACUUGGUGGACGCAUUGAUUGGUUGAUUAUGCAAAAGCUCAAUGAAAAUGUGGCCUUUGGAGGACGCAUUAACAACUUGCGUGAUCUGAGUGUUUUGCAAAAAUAUUUGCAAGAAUUCUUCAACAAUGAGUCACUGAGCUCACGUUGGGCUCCCCUAGAUGGCAAAGUUAUAAUACCCACAUCGUCCCAAUGGUCAGAUUAUUUGAAUGCUUUGACCAAAUUACCCUCUCAGGAUGCUCCGGAACUCUUCAAAUUGUCCAAGAAAUCCAAUGCUAGUCGAGAGAUUGAUUAUGGUUUGGAGAUAUUGAAAGAAUUGCGUUUGUCUUACUAUGGCUCUGGCUCCAAUGGGGAUGAUGAGCAAUUGAAUCAUCAACAAUUGGAGAAACAAAUUAAGCCCAUAUUGGCUUUGUGGAGAAAACUAGCACAGAAUUGCUCAAUAAACAUUACCGCCGAAGAGCUAAAUGAAGAUCAAAAAUCCUCCAAUCCUUGGCUGGUAUUUGUCUACAGUGAGUUAAAGACCGGAGGUGAAGGCUACAAAAUGAUACAUGCUACACUCAGUCAGGUUUAUACAGCCAUUAAAGACAGACAUCAUCAAAACGAAAACAAUAAUUUGUUAACUCCCCUAAACACACUGGCCUUGAAUCAGGUGCCGCAACAAUGGCAACGCAUAUGGCCUGGACCCUCCUCAGCUUUGGAUUACAUUAAGGCGUUCAUGCAUCGAGCAAUGGCCACGGAGAGCCGCUAUCGUACCACCCAACAUUUGGACUUUAUCGAUGCCAUAGAUCUGACCACCGUCUAUAAUUGUCAGACUCUCUUGUCUAGUCUGAAACUCAUCAAUUCCCAUAAGCAACAAAAAUCAUGUAAGAAUCUGCAAAUGGAAACACACUCUCCGGCAAUGGGACGUAGCGGCGCCGCUAGUGAAUUACAGGUGCAGCUAAAGCUGAAACCGUUGAAGGUAAAUGGUGCUGCUUUCAGUCAUGGCAAAUUAAUAAUCACCACUAACGAAGCACUCUCCGAAGAAGACCAAUCACCGGAGUUUAUCAUUACAUUUAGAGAAAAGGAAGAAAAGAAACUACAAGAUUUACGUUCAGUAUCACGAGGAGGAAAUACGGCAGCAACAACUUUGCUACCAGUCUAUACAAACAUAACAAGGGAACGACUACUUUGUGAAUUGGAAGUACCAACGGCUGAAUCGAUGGAAACAGUGCUUUUAUCCGGAGCAGCUUUAAUAGUGGGAGAUUAUUAAAGGACAAUGUGGAGAGUAAGACAACAGAUGGAAUGCUAAUAAAAAUGGGAAAUAUUAAUGCAGA